CGUUAAUAAAAACGAGCAGAAAAUAGCUCAUCAGUGAGAGUGAACUGACUCAGACCGUUAGCUCAGCUUCUGCAUUUCAGGACUUAGUAACUGUGUGUGUAGGCUAAAUAGGGAUAGAAAGUGUGUAUUUCUCCAAAGAUCUUUGACUAAUUUGAUUAGAUAAAAGAAUGCAUGAAGUUUUUUGUAUUUUUAUUUUCUGUAUUAGUCAGUAAUAAAGUCAGUAUUAGUUAGUUUAGUAACUUAGAAAAUCACGUGUAGGAGCGUGUUGAAGGGAGCAGUGAUCUGAAAAGGCCACUGAGAGUUUGCCUUCAUCCAGAGCUCCUCAGCAGAGAUUCAGCGUUUAGAUUCAGUUGGUGGAUAAGUGAGUAGAUUAGUAAAGGUGUGUGGUGGUAAAAGCAGUACCAGCUUGCUCCUAAAAUAACUUGGUGAGAGAGCGGAGUGUGUUUUCUUCAGAUCCCUCUCUCUCUCUCUUUUUCUGUGUGUGUUGACGCUGCGUCCCCUGCUUUGGACUUGCAGAAGAGCUUGAGGUGGCUACAGCUCUCUCCCCUCAGCAGAGAGACAAAACAGCUUCAGCCCGGUGACAACAUGGAAUAAACAUGGCCCACAAGAAGAGCCUAUUUAUUGAAGCUCUAGAUAGAUCAGAGGCCAAGAGAGAUGGAGGGUUCAAGCAGAGCUGGAGUUUUUCUCUCUCUGAUGACAGUGAAGAGGAGAGGAGAAAUGACACUUCCCUGGUGACCAUGGAUCAAGUGGGUGGUCGGCAGGAACUUUCCCCUGAAGGGAUGAAGGCUCCCCCUCUGAGGCACUUUGGUCCUAUAGAGAUGAAAACGUAUGAAAGACGGCAAAAUCAUUUCAAGACCUUCAACAGAAUGGGAACAGGAAAGCCCAGUGAAGCACCACACCCAGUGGCAAUCUCCCCACUGCCCAACAGAACAAAUUAUUUAAUUGUCAGUCCAGCACCCUCCCAAGGCGUUGUAGUUCAAGGGAGACUGUUUCAGCACACUCAUCUUCCCAGUCCUGUUAGGAAGCCUGUCCAAAGCAGCCUUGACUUAAAAGAAAGACCUGACUUCACCACUCAGCCAAUCCAAAGAGUAGAAUUAGACAACAUUAUUCUCACCUGUCCAGAGAUAUCAGACUCAGAGAAUCAGACCUUUAAGAGGUGCAUCCAGCAGAAACGGCGGCCAGUGUUUGACGGCAUGGGCACAGUUGCUACUUCUGGCACAACAUUGGAGCCAGAUGAGUACUUCACAGUUUGUGGAAAUUGCGGCCAGCAAAGUGAAGACCACAUCAAGUGUGAAAACUGUGGGAGUCGCUUGCCUACAGAGAAUCACGCCCUCCCUACCAUUCAGUCCUCUCCUGCCCCUCGACCCCCCAUUCAUUCCCAGCCAUCCCCUGGCCCUACCAACAUGCAGCUCAGCAAGAGCUUUUAUGGCCCUGCCUCAGGUGGGCGCUCUCCCCAAGUGGACAUUGUCAUGAACCCACCGGCACGAAUCACACGGACGAACCUGCUGCUACCACACAAUGGAAGGCCCGCUGCAGCCACAGCGGGAAACUCUGCAUCAUAUGAAGCCAAGCUAAUGAAAGGCAAGAGACAGCCUCUCGCCAAGCAACUUGAAAUCAGUGACCCAAUUGUGCUGUCCAGUGAUGAAGACGAGGAGGCAGAUAAUGCCAGUACAGGCAGCGUCAACAGGCUGGAUAGCAUCUCUCCAAGGCCUGCUGACUCUGCCCAUUCGUCUCCGGCACCCUCUGGUGGUAGGGUGGAAGCUGCGGUUAAAGGAGUUGUAGAACAUGAGGAGCAUGCGUGUGAAUUCUUCACAGACAUGGACCACAGAAAUGUAGCACCCAGGAGAAACCGCAUGAAGGAUCCAUUUGGGAAUGCUUUAUGUGAGGACCCAUCUCCAUCUAAGAAGCGCAAAGUGGGCCAGCCACCAAAACUGGAGAGCAUUAUUCUGGAGUGCAGGAGUGUACGGAUAGGAAGUCUUCGCAGGAUGGUGACCAAACCAGUCAUUUUCACUGUAGAGUACAUACAGCUUGAAACAGAGGGUCAAGAAGUAGAUGUGCUAGAGAAGGUGCGUCUAAAGUCGUCUGAGCUGACGCUGUGCGAGUGGUGCUGUGUGAGGAAAUUGCCAGUCAUCUUCUUCCAGACAAGUGACAGCGAGUGCCAGAGGCUACGCACCCAGCUACAGAUGUCCCAGGAGAACGGAGGCUUGUGGUACGACUGCAGUGGCAAAAACCUGGAUGAGAAAUACAUAGUGUUGAUAUUUGAAAAUGGCCUUUCAAUGCAAGAGCAAAUGAUUCUGGAAGACAUUCUGCGUGAAAUUGCAAGAAACAACAACAUCUCUGGCUUUCCUAAGAGACUAUCCUUUGAUGAGGCCAAUGUUAGACUGGUUCAGUAUAACAAAGCAACAAAAGAAAAGGAAAAGGCAAAAGAGCAGAAAGCGAAAUUGGUUUCGACUUCAACAACGACAACAACAACUGCAGCAACUAUAACCGCCUCAGCCAACACUGCGACAGCAACGGUCACUACAGAAACAGCAACAGCAGUAACCCCGCCCCCCAGUGCGUCAACAGAAACGACGAUCAGGACGCGGGCGUCAAGACAGCUCCUUGCAUUCUACGAUGAAGAAGAUGAUGAUGAUAUGGCAGAACUUCAUCCUACAUUCACAGGCCCAGUCAUAAAGUUAAUAGUGUAUCCCCCUCCGCCUGCUAAAGGUGGAAUCUCUGUGACAAAUGAAGACCUUCACUGUUUAAACGAUGGAGAGUUCCUCAACGACGUCAUCAUCGACUUUUACUUAAAGUAUUUGUUUAUAGAGAAGUUGAAAAAGGAAGAUGCACUCAGAAGUCAUGUUUUCAGCUCCUUUUUUUACAAGAGACUCAACCAGAGAGAAAGGAGGAAUGCACAAGACAUAGCCAACUUACCGAUACAGAAAAGGAAACACAACCGGGUUAAAACAUGGACGCGGCAUGUGGAUCUUUUCCAGAAGGACUUCAUCUUUGUUCCCAUCAAUGAGUCGGCCCACUGGUAUCUAGCCGUGAUCUGCUUCCCAGGUCUAGAUGGAAUCCAGGUUGAACCGAACCCUCUGUACCAGGCUCAGCCCUCGUCCCAUUCCCGGACCAGUGUCCCAUCCUCAGCCCAGCUUGGGAACUCCUUCAUGGCAGAAGGAGGUCUAGAAGAGCCCUCCCCCCACACAGAGCCUAUCUCCUUCAGCAAGUUUGAGCUUAAUGCUGAGGAAGAGGCGCUUUCCGAGCACUCUGAGAGUCAGGCGAACCUGCCUCCCUGUGCACAUAGACCAUCGGAGCUUACCUGUGGCCCAGGGCACGGGAUAAAUGGACAGGUUCAGCCUCAUUACACAGAUGCUUUGCGCAGAAUCAGUGUGUGCUAUGGCAAUGAUGACACUGGAACCUUCUCUGAUGACCAGAGCUCAUGUCAUGAUGAAUGCAGUGAGGAUGGAACAUUGGUAGAUGACACUGGGGCUUCAGAGAACAUGGAGUGGACCUCUAAACCCACCAUAUGCAGACAACCCUGUAUUCUCAUCAUGGAUUCUUUGCGAGGCCCUGCCAGGUCAACAGUGGUGAAGACCUUGCGAGAGUAUCUGGAGGUGGAGUGGGAGGUGAAGAAGGGAUCACGGAGGAGUUUUGGGAAGGAAGUGAUGAAGGGCUCCAGCCCACGUGUGCCUCAGCAGGACAACUUCAGUGACUGCGGUGUUUAUGUCCUGCAGUACGUCGAGAGCUUCUUUGAGAAUCCUCUGCCAAGUUUUCAUCUCCCUAUGAACUUAUUGGACUGGUUUCCUCAGCAACGAAUGAAAACUAAACGUGACGAGAUCAAGGAUCUCAUCCUGAAGAUUCAAUCUCAACAGCAACUGGACAGGGAAAGUUCUGGGCUGGCAGAGGCCUGUGACAGUCCCUGUGAGGACUUGGACGUUGGAGACGCCUUAGAAUCGGCUGAUCUAAUUCCACCGAACAGCUCGUGAACUCUGCCCCAUGCUGCUAUGCUCUUACUAUGACGUGGUCCUGUUGGCCCCACUUCCUGCAGCGGCGGCGGCAAGUCAGGGCUCUCCGUGAUUGUACGCUGCUGGACGUUUCUGCCGUUACUUCUUCUGAGAACUGUUUCCGUUUUCUCCACCACACCCAGCCCCCUGCAUUAACAAAAGAGCAAGAACAAUUUUUAAUUUGUAUUAAAUAAACACGUGUACAUACUCUGGAAGGUUUUUUUGUUUGUUUUCUCUGUUGAUUUUUGGGGGUUUUAUUGCUGCCUUUGUGGAACUGACGUCUCCUCAUCUCACUUCUCACUCUUGCACCAUUUGUGGGGUUAUAGAAAAAAAAAAAAAGGAAAAAAAAUGUCCAUAAGAUGAUUUCAUGAAGAUGACAGAUGGCCUUGGUCACUUCGUAAGCCUGCAGGAUUCGCUACAGUACUGUCCAAUGUCCUGUUCCGUUUGUACUUCAACUCAUGCUUCUGACUGUAGAAAAGAAUUUGCUGUUUUUAGAUUGAAUAUCCAAAACAAUUUGGAUUUUUUUUUCUUUCUUUUUUUUUUUUUUUUAUAAACAUCUAAAUCCUCAUGGCAUAACACAGUUGCUAGUCAGUGCCUGUCGAAGCUUUGUACGAUGUGACCACAUGUAGGUGGACUUCAUUUUCGAUAUUAAACUAUUUGAGAUGCAAGAGUGCACAUCUGCCUUAGUUCCUACAAAUACAAGCAUUUGAAGUGUC